CAGGAAAAGAAAUAUUUACAAGUUACGUCUAUGCGAUUGUAUUUAGGACAUCUUUGUUCAAGAGCAUGGCUACCAAAGAAGAUAAACCGAGGUUGUUUCUGAAACGGAAAGUUUACAAGGGGGUGACGAUGAUGGAGAACGAGGUCGAGGAAAUAGAGAAAAUGGAAACGAGGCCAGAUGAUAUCUGGGUCUGCUCUUUCCCGAGAUCAGGAACAACUAUGACACAAGAGAUGGUCUAUCUGAUACAGGCACUAGAUUUCAAAACAGCCAAGUCUGAACAGUUGAUGUCAAGGUUUCCGAUCCUAGAUGUUAAAGAUGACAGGUAUCCCUAUUAUAAAGGUUUAAAAUACGUUCAAGAAAUGAAAUCUCCGAGGUUCAUUAAAACACAUCUUCAUCAUUUCCUCCUUCCUGAACAAUUACGAAAUGGUAAAGGCAGAAUAAUUUAUAUAGCUAGAAAUCCCAAAGAUUUGGUUGUAUCAUUUUAUCGUUUGAUGCAUUGGGGCGAUCAACUAACUGAGGAGGAGACAACGUUUGAUAAGUUUAUAGACACAUUCGUAAAUGGAAAAGGUUAUGCUUGCCCAUGGCCGAGGCACGUACUUGAAUACUGGGAGAGAAGAAAUGACAAAAACGUUCUUUUCCUGAGAUACGAGAAUGUUAUCAAGGAUAAACCUGCCACUAUUAGGGAGAUAGCAGAAUUUUUAGGACGUAAACUUACCGAUCAAGAUGUAGAAAGAAUAACAGAGCAUUGUAGGGUUGAGAAUAUGCGGGAUAACCCAAUGGUGAACUUGGCUUAUUUUAGGGAUAUAAAGACAUUAAAUGAUGACGCUGAUGGAAGGUUCAUUAACGCUGGUCAAUCCGGAACAUGGCAAAAUAAACUGACACCAGAACAAAGUGCCAAAGUUGACAAACUUAUUAAAGAGAUAGAGGGAUCCGGUCUCACAUUUUAACAUUAUUCGAAGAAUUUAUUAGGCGAGGAUUUAAAAUGUAUCUAUUUUUCAAGGUUUUGUAUUAAACUGAAAUUAAAUUACUAUAAGAU